CAUCCCUAUCCAAAAGCAGAGGGCAGAGCAUGAGCAGCGCGUGGGUGUGACCUAGAACUGACAGUCAGUGGAGAAAAGUGACUCACUAGCUAUAGUAGAAAGCUAGCUAUCUAAAGCUACCAUCAUAUCAUGGCAGCAACUAUCAAUCAAGCAAGGUCGGCACUUUCCAGAAUGUUUAACAGUGAGCGGUACAGCCGCUUCACUCUGCAGUCGUACGAAGAGAGAGAUGGAGGGAGCCAUGUGGAGGUGAAGCUGUCUGAUGAUGUAGAUGACCACACCCCCUCUGAGCAGGCGGGCCAACCAGGGGGCUCUCCCUCAUACAGGCCCCGCCCCCAGCAAAACUACCGCAACGUGUGUUACCUGGCUCUCGGAACCCUCUUCAUCUUCAUCAUUGGUUAUCUGAUUGGCUAUGUGAGCCACCGCUCUCCCCGCCAGGAGCCGAUCACUUGUGAUUCUGAGCAGGAAGUGGGCGUGGCUGAAGAGGCUGUAGUAGAAUCCUCUCUAUCCUGGAAUGACAUCACCAGCUUGCUGGCACAGAGACUGACUCCUGACGCCUUCAACAGCAGACUGAGUGAUGUUGAACAGCCAGAUCACGAGGCAGGGAGCAGUGGAGACGGCCUUCUGGGAAAUCAUGUGUUUGACAGCUUUAAGAGUCUGGAGAUGGAGCCCUGGACUGAUGUACACUAUGUCCAACUACAGACACCCAACAGUGAGAAGCCAAACCGUGUUCUGAUUGGCCAAGAAGAGCUGUGCCAGCCUAAGGGCUAUCUGGCCUAUAGCGCCACAGGAAAAGCUCAGGGCAAGGCAGUGUAUGGUAACUAUGGGAGACAGGAGGACUUGGUGCUGCUACAGAGUCUGAAGGUUGAGCUGAACGGCACCGUGAUUCUACUGAGAGCUACAGGACAGAUCAGCCUGGCACAGCAGGUGGCUAAUGUAGCAGCGUUGGGAGUAUCUGCUGUGUUGAUUUUCCUCGACCCUAAAGACUACAAGUUACAACCAAGUACUGAACUAUACGGACAUGUCCAUCUAGGUUCUGGAGACCCCUAUACUCCAGGGUUCCCCUCCUUCAACCACACCCAGUUCCCUCCCACCCAGUCCUCUGGUCUGCCCACUGUACUGGCCCAAAGCAUUACUGCUGCCACUGCUGCCAAGAUACUAACGCGUAUAGGUGGGCCUGAGUCCCCUCUCAGUUUUAAAGGCGAACUGGACAAUGUGAAGUACACCGUGGGAGGGGCCAGUAGUGAUGAUGUCACAGUGGAGGUGAACAGCGUGUUGCAGGACACAGAGAUCCACAACGUCUUUGGAGUCAUCAAGGGCUUCACUGAGCCAGAUCGAUACGUGGUACUGGGGGCUCAGAGGGAUGCGUGGGGUCCAGGCUACGCUAAAGCUACUGUCGGGACCACACUGCUGCUGGAGCUGGCUAGAGCUGUGUCUGAGAUGGUACACACAGAUGGUUUCCGUCCCAGGAGGAGUCUGGUGUUUGCCAGUUUGAGUGCAGGAGAGUACGGCAGUGUUGGAGCUACAGAGUGGCUGGAGGGUUACCUCUCCUCUCUGGACAGAAGAGCUUUCACCUACAUCAGUCUGGACGGAGUUGUCACUGGCCAUGGUGAUUUUAAAGCGUCUGCCAGUCCCCUGCUCUACAGCCUUCUGGAAAGCACUAUGAAGGAGGUGAAGAAUCCCAUUGGUGUCGGCGAGUCUGGGAAGUCUCUGUAUGAAAAGGUGUCUGGAGUCAACUUUGAGGAGGCAGUGUUUGAGCCCAUGCAGAUGGAAGACUCUGCAUAUCCCUUCCUGGCCUUCUCUGGAAUCCCCUCUCUCUCCUUCCGCUUCAUCUCUCAGGGCUCUGAGGCCUACCCGUACUACGGCACCUCUCUUGACAACAAGGAUCACCUUGGUUACGCCACCGCCCAUCGCCUUAGUUCCCUAGCCACUGGGGCGGGAUUGGUCGCAGGUCAGCUGGCGUUACGAUUGGUCCACGACCACGUGCUGCGUCUGGACGUGCAACGCUACAAGAAUGUUCUCAGGCAGUCGGUGGUCAAGAUCAACCAGCGCCUCAAACAAGCCACCCGGGAUGGUUCUGCCGAGGGUCUGUCAGCCCGUUGGCUUGUCAUGGCCUUGGGGUCCUACAGUAGAGCUGCUGCUGACCUCAACACUGACCUACUCAACACCGAUCUCACUGACACACUGGCCUGCCACGACAUCAACGACCGCAUCAUGAGGGUGGAGCACAACCUCCUUUCUCCGUAUGUCUCCCCCAAGGAGGUUCCAUUCCGCCACCUGCUGUAUGGCUGUGGUUCCCACACCCUGGCAGCCCUGUUGGAGGGGGAGGACAGAGAGGCGCUGCGGACCCAGCUGGCCCUGGCCACCUGGACACUGCAGGGCUGUGCCAAUGCUCUCUCUGGAGACAUCUGGGACAUCGACAACCAGAUCUAACUGUGUGUGUGUGUGCGCGCAGGGCUGGUCGGGGUUCAACCUCGUCCUCGUUCACUAUAAAAUCCAGGAUGAGAUGAAGAGGGAUUGGUCAGGGCUGAUGAUGUCAUAAGAGUCCAGGAAGUACUGUCAUUCCUUCCAGUUUCAGUUACUAGACUUCCUAAAGAAUGUUGAGAUUGAUGACAUCACUGUCUGAUCCCUCCUCAUCUCACUCCAACCCCCAAACUGAAGCCUUGGCUGUUACCAUAGAGACGACCUCUAACUCCUCGACACAGAGGAGCCUAUUUAUACUUUAUAUAUUUAUCAGUGGCAAAGUCCACUAUAAAUGUUCUCAGUUUUAAUGGUGAUAAAGUUCUCGUUUAUUUUUAUAAAGUUAUCGGAAGCAGUGCCUUCCAGACUUAUGGCAGUUUCAUGUCGUUAGUUUGGGUUAAGAGUUUAUUUAUUUAUCAGUGCCAGUGCACACUAUAAAUGUUUAAAUGUCGUUAGUUUUGUUUUUGAUAAAAAAAGUUAUCGGGAGCAGUGCCUUCCAGACUUAACGGGUAUGUGUUAUUUUCAUUUGGUUUUUGAUAAAGUUAUCAGUUAAUUUGAUAAAGUUAUCGGGAGCAGUGUCUUCCAUACUUAUGACAGUUAUACUGUCUCCUACUACGGCAGCAUCUGCUGAAGCAACAGAGUUAGGUAUACAGACAGUGUGACCAUCCAAGAUCCCAUGACAUUUGGUUUAAAUAUUGCUUUUCAGUUUGCCUUGCAGUUUAAGUGAGAACAGAAUCUAAUGGGGGAACAGAAUUGAGGCAGACACAGAAUCGUUUUGACACGGAUGAAAAACUGUCCAGCUACAUAUGGUCAGACCUCCUCUGUAUACAUGACUCUGUUAACAGAAAUACACCACCUACUGCUACCACACAUUACUAUGGAAACAGAACCCCGCAGAAACUGGGUAUCACCACAGAAACCUGGUACCCGACGGCGGCUGUAGUCAUGACUGUCACAUUUUGACUUGAUGAAAUGCAUGUACUUAAAUUCCAUGGUGGAUUUACUCAUUCUUAGCAUGUUUUAGACAUGUAGGGGAGGUAGCUACUUGGAUCACGGCUGAAAUUACACACUAUUUUAUAUAUAGCCUUAACCCUCCCGUUGUCCUAGGGUCAAAAUGACCCGCCACUGUGUUGAACCA